AUGGUCCAAAAGAUCUCCAAGACCUCUCAAUCCAACGACAAAGCCAAUGAUCCCCCCAAGGCCUCCAACUGGGUCCCCAUAGCCAAUGAGCCGGUCUUUACACCGCGCAAACUCCGCGUCGUCUGUGUUGGUGCUGGAUAUGCGGGUCUGAUGGUUGCGUACAAAUACAAACACGAAUACCACAUGGACGACUAUGUUGAUCUGGCCAUCUAUGAGAAAAAUUCCGAUGUUGGAGGAACGUGGUUUGAGAAUCGGUAUCCAGGACUUGCGUGUGACUCCCCUGCACACAUCUAUACGUUCCAGUUUGAACCCAACCCUGAUUGGAGUGCACUGCAUGCUUCCGGUCCCGAGAUUUGGCAGUAUAUUCGCCGAACGACGACGAAAUAUAAUCUUGAUGAACACGUACGGUUCAACUCGACUGUCACUUCGACCGUCUGGGAUGACAUUACUGGCCGCUGGAAGAUCAAAGUUCAAUCACCAGACGGUACAGUAGCAGAGGACACGGCAGACAUACUCAUCAAUGGCUCGGGUAUCUUGAACCGCUGGCGGUGGCCGGACAUUUCGGGCCUACAUUCGUUCAAAGGAGCCCUCGUCUACAGCGCGGCAUGGGAUACCAAUCUCGACUGGGCUGGAAAGCGAGUCGCCAUCAUCGGCAACGGCUCAUCUGCUAUUCAAACCUUGUCACAGAUGCAGCGUACAGCCAAGCACAUUGUGACCUAUAUCCGUAACCCGACGUGGAUCUCUCCCAGCCUAGAGACGACGAAGCUCGACUCGAGCUGUGGGCAGAAUUUCACCUACACCGAGGAAGAGAAGAAGCGGUUUCGAGAGAGUCCCGAUGAGCUGCAUACGCUGCGCAAGACCCUUGAGCACGGACUCAACUCAUUUUUUGGCAACGUGAUUCUCAACGACAGCCCCGAACAGGCUGCUGCUCAGGCGGCUUUCACCGAAGAGAUGAAGAGACGACUCGGAGGUGACAAGAAUGCGCACUUGCAUGAGAAACUAAUCCCAAAGUGGACUGUUGGUUGUCGUCGACUGACUCCCGGUGACGGCUACCUGGAGGCUCUUACGGAGCCAAAUGUGACUAUUGAGGUGAGUCCCAUUCAGAAGAUCACAGACAAGGGAGUUGUCUGUGAAGCAUCCACUGAAGAAUUCGACAUCAUCGUCUGCGCAACAGGAUUCGAUGUUAGCUUCUCCCCGUUCUGGGAGUUGGUGGGUAAGGAUGGAAUCCGUCUGGCGGACCAAUGGAAAGAGAAUCCCGAGGCAUACUUCGGCAUCUGCGCCCCGAACAUGCCCAAUUAUUUCAUCUUCAAUGGACCCAACUGCCCCAUCGGCCAUGGAAGCGUGCUGUCUCCCAUAGACUGGAUGGCGGAUUAUAUUCUCCGCUGGUGUCGGAAAAUUGCCACGGAAGAUAUACGGUCUGUGCAAGUCCGCUCGGAUGCCACUCAUGACUAUAAUGUCUACACUCAGGAGAUUAUGAAAGGCACCGCAUGGAGCAGCGGCUGCCGUUCGUGGUAUAAGAAUGGUAAGAUAGAUGGCAGGGUGAUGGCCAUGUAUGCGGGCAGUGUAAUCCACUACAAGGAGAUGCUCGAGAGUUUCCGCACCGAAGACUUUAUUCUUCAGUAUCGGAGUCCCAAUCGAUUCCGAUUCAUGGGAAAUGGAAGAACCAUCCGCGAGAAGAACGGAGGAAACCUUGCGUGCUAUAUUCAAUAG